AUGCAUCAGUUCCAUGCCCAUGCUCAAUUCGUUGGAUUGUUAAUUAUUGGGGCAAAACCAGAUUUCAAGAGCAUGCAGAGCUGCGGAUUUCCACCUACAUUAGAUAUAGCAUACACAGGCGACAUCACUUACUGUCUUUGGGAUAACUGCCAUGACAAUUUCUCAGAUCCACUGCACUUAUUCAAUCAUGUCAUGACACAUAUUGACUUUCUCAGUAGCGACGAUCGUGUUUGUGAUGAAGAAUCAAUGUCACUUCCACAACAUAGAUGUCUUUGGGAAAACUGUUACCGGCAGUUUGAAAUACAAAGGAGAUUUGAGCUCUGUCUUCUAUGCCAGCGUCGCUUUGGCGAUGAGCGCUCAUUGGUGAACCACGUGCGGCGUCACAUCAACGGAAGACAGUGCCCUACUUGUGGAUUAGCUGUUCAGUUGCCGUCUGACUUGCACCGGCAUAUAUUGGUGAAGCACACAGAAAGGAUAAAGACGCUGACUUGUCCCGAAUGCGACAAAAGCUUCUAUUGUGCUGUAAGUUUUUUAUAG